CUGUGAAUUCAUCCUUGCAGACCCUCUAUUUCGCAGCAUUGAUGAGAGAAACAGAACCUUCUCCCCAGCAUUAUGUGUCCUCGGGUCUCGAGCGGCCACUAGUCAAAAGAUUCCCGGAAAUGUUGUCCUCGCGCUAUGUUCGCGCGAGCAUCCCAUUCUCACAGACGCGGGAGCCACGGGUCCCAGAGAGGAUCGUCCAACGGCCGCCAUAACCGGAGUGGCUACGGGACCCUUUCCCGCCAUACAUCUAGCAUAAGCAGUCAAACUCUCAGCUCGCGGACCUCCGAACCAGCCCAAUGGCCACUUGGGCAACCUUAUUCCCACUCUCGAACGCCUUCCUUCAACACUCCAGAUGGACUGUGGCCGCCUUUAGCCCAAUUCGACGAGCGACAGGCUGUCAAGAUUGCCAUAAUAUGUGCUCUCCCGAAAGAGGCGGAUGAAGUUCUCGCCGUCUUUGACAGACCUGGGGAUGAUACCAGACGUUUCAGUAAGACAGCUCGUGAUAAGAUUGCAUACACUAUCUGCUCCGUCGGGAAGCAGCCUGUUGUGGUUGCCCAUAUGCCCGGUGCUGGGAAAGUCAACGCGGCGGCGGUGGCGGUGCAUCUCAGCACCAGCUUUCCCGAUAUCCGACUUGCUUUGCUGGUCGGCAUCUGUGGAGGUGUCCCUGGCGGUUCUGACGGCUCAGGAGACGUUCGCCUAGGUGAUGUCGUGAUAAGUCCGCCGCCUGUGCCAUACGACUUCGGCAAGCAAUACCCAGAAGCAUUCGUGCGGAAGCCGUCACCCGCGAACACCACAUUGGAACUUCGCACUGCUCUCAGUCAGUUGGAAACCGAGUAUCACCGAGAACUUUUGCAGAAGCAGUCAAAUUACCUAUUAUGUGAUCUCCAGGCCCGGCGUCCAAAGACGGCAUAUCCUGGUAUAGAAUUCGACCGCCUUUUCGAGCCAACGUACCUGCAUAAACAUCGAAAUACUAGUUGUAAUACUUGCCACGCUGGGACUGAUUCUGCUGUUUGUUCGGCGGCGCUCAACUUACCAUGCUCUGGACUCGGCUGUGAAGACUGGCACUUGGUUCAGCGUCCCGCCCCAGUCCUGUCUUCCGAUGGCAGAAGAGCGCCCUCUAUCCACGUUGGGACCAUGGCCUCGGGAGAUCGGGUCAUGAAGUCAGGCAUUCACCGUGAUGCUAUUGCACAAACGGAAGGUAUAAUUGCCUUCGAGAUGGAAGGUGCAGGGUUGAUUGACCAUUUCCCAUUUCUCGUGAUCAAGGGAGUGGCCGACUAUGCCGAUAGCCACAAGAACGACGUUUGGCACCACUAUGCGUCCGCCACUGCCGCCUGCUGUGCAAGGGCUUUCCUGGAGAAUUUUUGGACAGAACAAAUGACGGAAUACCAGGGUUAUGGCAACGAUCAGUGGUCCAUCCGUGGCUCGCCAGGUCCAAUACUGACCUCCCAGUCAUCUGGGGUUUCAUCUUCUGAAGCUCCAUCGGCUGAAGAUCCUACUCGUCAACUGGGGGUUUGGUGUGUUUCACUGCGUCGAAAGGUCAGUUUCGCAGGCAGGGUCAACGAACUUGCGGCCUUGGAGGCCAUGUACAACAAACCUGAUUGCUCAUCUAUUUCUCUACUUGGAUUGGGCGGUGUCGGCAAGAGCAAUCUUGCCCUAGAGUUUGCGUAUUCCCUCAGAGAGAAGUCGCCCGAUGUGUCCAUCUUCUGGGUUCACGCGUCAGAUGCCAUCAAUUUCGACAAUGGCUACGCUGAAAUCGGUCGUCAAUUACAGAUCUCUUCGAUGGCGGAAUUGCAAACCGAUCUGAAGCAUUUGGUAAGGCAACAUCUAAGUCAAGAGAGCUUUGGUCGGUGGCUCCUAAUCAUCGAUAAUGUAGAUGACUUUGGGCUGUUCUUUGGCGACGAAGGUACCGCCCGCUCCAAGUCACUCUACUCCUUCGUUCCACGAAGCUCCCGUGGCUGUACCCUCAUCACCACACGCGACAGAAAAGUCGCUCUCAAUUUCAGUCACAGCCACGUUAUUGAAAUCCCAUGCUUGGAUCAAGAGGGCGCUCUCACGCUGCUGGAGACCUUGCUUGAGCCUGCGCCUCCUGCCCUGGAAAGAAAUCUCGCCUGCUCUCUUGUGGAUCGUCUCAAUUAUAUUCCUCUAGCGAUUGUGCAAGCUACUGCAUAUAUCAACCUCAACCGAAUCCACGUUUCAGACUACCUGAGUUUGUUAGACGACAAACAAGAGGAAACCGUGUUUGAACUUUUGGACGAAGAUUUCGAGGACGAAGUGCGGGCGCCGGGGGCCAAAAACUCCAUCAUUUCAACCUGGAAAAUCAGUUUUGAAAACAUUGCACGCCGAAGUCCGUUGGCCCAGGAAUGCCUGGCAAGGAUUGCAUGCAUCGACUCGAAGAUUAUUCCCGAGCGGCUUCUACCACAAGUUGCUUCUCAGAAGCACAUGAUAGAUGCAGUAGGUCUGCUAACUGGAUACUCCUUCCUGACACGGAGAGAUCUGGAUUCAAGUAACAGCAAAACCUAUGAUAUGCACAGCCUCGUCCACCUGGCAUGCCGCAGUUGGCUGCACAAAAAAUCGGCCUUACAAACGUGGGCACCUAGGGCGCUCAAUCGCAUGCUCGAGACCUUUCCAAAGCCUGACCACAACAACAGAUCCGCCUGGUCAUUGUACCUGCCACAUGCCUCUCGACUUCUACAGUCGCCUCACAUUGCUCACAUGGAAAACCGCUUUGAGCUCACGUUCUUGGUGGGGCAGUGUCUCUUUCUUGAGGGCAAAUAUCGUGACGCGACCGCGAAAUUCAGACUUGUUGUGGAAUAUAGAGAGAGGGCACUCGAGCCUUUUCAUCCCAGUCUUCUUCAGGCUUACACGGACUUAUCAGUCGCCUUGGAACGCUGUAGCCAGCUGGAGAAGUCAUUGGAGUAUGGCCAGAAAGCUCUUUGUGGUUACACAGCAACAUUGCCUGCUAAUCACCCCCUUGUACUCAGUGCCUUUGCCAAUAUCGCUUCGGUGAAGCGAAGACAACACAAGUGGAAAGAUGCUCUAAAGUUUGAUCAGACGGUCAUGAUGGCGAGACAGACGGUCUUGGGCGAAAAUGACCCAGACACGUUGAGCAGUAUGGCCAAUUUAGCGGCAUCCUACAAAAGCAUGGGCUCACCUGAGAAGGCAGAGGAGCUUCUUCACCGCGUAGUGGAGGGCCAGAGAGUGGCUUUGGGAGAGGACGAUCCCGUCUUUCUCUCAUCACUGGCGCGCCUCGCUUCGACAUAUCGCUAUUCAGGUAACCUUGCAGAGGCCGAAAGACUCGCAUUGGAAGUCUUGGAUCGGAGAAAACGAGUCCUCGGGUCGCAUCAUCCUGACACCCUCCGGAGCAUGGCCAAUGUUGGCUCAACAUGGCGGCGGCAAAAGCGGUGGAAGGAUGCCGAACGGAUUGAAAGUGAAGUCCUGACAUUGCGAACUAGUAUAUUAGGCAAAGAAGAUCCCCAUACUCUGACGGCCAUGGGAAAUCUUGCAGCCACCUAUCGCAGUCAAGGCAGGUAUGAUAAGGCCGAAGAGCUGGAUGGAGAAGCGCUCAAGAUCAAAGAACGCACGCUCGGGGCGUACGACCAUUCCACUCUCUCGACCAUGUCCAGCAUAGCUUCCACGUACCGAAAAUCCAAUCGCGGGGCAGAUGCGGACAAGAUCAGCAAGGAAGUGCUGAGGCGGUGUCAGCAUUCACUGGGGGACACACAUCCCCAGACCCUCGCAUGCAUGGCUGAAGUUGCUUACAUCUACAAGCGAGAGGGUAGGGUGAAGCAAGCAGCUUCCCUAGCAGAACAGGUAUUAGCGGAGCGAGAACGCACACUGGAUCCCCAAAACAAACUGGUGCGCGAAAUGAGGCAUUUCCUGUCUAGCUUGAAUCGACAGCAUAAUCGGCAGAAAGAGAGGAGAGAGCAUUCGACAAGAUGAGCCAAUGCUUCUGAACCUCGUUUGCUGCAAGCGUAGGGGGCUUCUACUCGAUUGGAUCUGGUAAAAAAAAAAGUUCUCAACGACAAUGCUAGAUAUCUGCCCAGGAAGGAGAGCAAGAGCACGUCGGAAGCGUCGCCCAGGCAACCGGCCACAGUCUUCAAGCGGACCAAGUUCAGCCGUCAAAAUGACCAAGUCCGCUUCGGCAUGCAUCUCUGGACCUUGUCUUGCUUGCUGAAGCAGAUCUACGAGAGAUGGCGUUCAAGGAGCGGGAAAGACGACUCCCCGCCUCUGCCAAUAACCCUAAUUGAGGGCGUGAGCAAAUACUCGGUAAUCCCGGUGCCGACAUUGUCAUUAUCAUGCUAUAGGAUGCUGUGAACUCUCUGUGCCCGCCGUUGUCUAGUCCAUUCAGCCAAAUUUAUUCCUAUUGCAUCUCAAGUGUGAGAGGACGGGCGUCUCUGAGUCUAGUCAAGCAGCUAUCUGGUCUCUGGUUGGUGAGGUUGCCAUGGUUGUCAGAACUUGAUGUCAUCCCAAUAUGAACUGCCUUCUAUCGAUCAAGGUUGGAUUGGAUGGCGGACUCCUGCUGCGUUCUAAGGGACGGUUUGCCGCCGCGAUGAAGGCUGCUCGUAAAGCAACGGGCUGCGCUCGUCUGGCGCUAGGUGGGAAUGCGCGUGCGAGACGACCGAUGAGGUGCGAGAUCGAGUCCAAGUAUUCCAUCCCUCGAAGUUUGCGGGAGUUGCACAAUGUUGUUUUCCUUGUUUGGCCAGCCUCUGGUCCCUAACC